AUUAACUUAUAACCUCAAUACAAUUACAAGAGUCUGAUAGAAUAACUCGUCUAUUAUACAGAUACAGAUAAUCAAUCAUGGCAGACUCUGCAGGGAAAAACAAAGCUUUCUUCGACACCGAAGCAGCAACCUACGACACCAAACACGCCAAAACCCUCGCCGACCUAACCCGCUCCCUCCAAUCCUCCCUCCCCUUCCUCGCCCCCUUCCCCACCGACCCCAGCACCACCCCCUUCACCCUCCUCGACUACGCCUGCGGCACGGGCACCAUCACCAAAGCCCUCUCUGAACACUGCAGUAGGGUGGUCGGGAUCGAUGUGUCCGCCGGCAUGGUGGCCGCCUACAACACCACGGCGAGUAACCAGGGGCUCGAAGAAAAUGAAGUCCACGCGUGGGUGGGGGAUCUCAUAGAUCCAAAUGUGGAUAGACCGAAAGAGUUUGAGGGGAGCGAGUUCUGGGAGUUUGAUCUCGCGGUUGUGGGGUUGGGGUUUCAUCAUUUUGACGACGUGGGAUUAGCGGCCAGAAGGCUGGGGGAGAGAUUGAAGAAGGGGGGGGCGUUGGUUAUACUUGAUUUCUUACCACACGAUGAUGUGCAUGGGCAUAGACAUGGUGGUCAUGGCCACAGUCACGACCACGGCCACGGCCACGGCCAUGGACAUGGACACGGCGGCCACAGUCAUGGGGAGAAAGAAAGCGCGGCAGAAGAGAAGAAGGAGGAGACGAAAGUUGCGGAGACGGUGAUGCAUAUGGGAUUCUCGAAGGAGGAGGUGCAGAAAUUGUUUGAGCAGGCGGGGGUGGGGUUGGAUUUCGGGUAUAAGGUGCUGGGGAAGGGGGUUGUGAUUGGGCCGGAGGAGAAGAGGAUGAGGAGGGAGGUGUUUAUUGCGAGGGGGACGAAGGCGUGA